CCAUACAGUGGGAUGAUUACAUUUAUAAAGUCACCAGUGUAUUAAUAAGCUUAAAAAUCGGAUCCAACUUAAGUGACAAUUUAUUUUAGCAUAGUAAACAAUUAAAAGUGGACGAAUCAAAUAUUAUAUAGUAACAGGAAAAAAAGGAGUUGUUUUGGCAAUUUUACUUAUACCUACCAAAAGCAAAGUCAUCACUACUAUUUUACAACUCUGCUCAGUGCUCACUCACUUCCCACUGCUAACACGUUCAUUUCAAAUCUACAACAAUGGCCACAUCCAUCAAAAUCACCACAACCAUUGUCACCACAGUUGUCAUUCUCUCACUAUUCUCCUCCCUGAUUCCAUCCACCAAAGCACAAGACUCGCCACCGGCACCAGCAGCUCCGGCACCGAGCCCCGGAGUUGAUUGCCUUAGAGUCUUAGUAAACAUGUCCGAUUGCUUAACAUUUGUAGAAAGAGGAAGCAAUUCGACUACUCCGGGUAAAGGAUGCUGCCCGGAAAUUGCUGGAUUGUUAGAUAGUAACCCUAUUUGCUUGUGCCAAAUGCUUGGCCGAGCUCACUCCGGUGCUAAAAUUGGGUUCAACAUUGAUGUCGAUAAGGCACUUAAACUUCCUUCUGCUUGUAGUUUGGAGUUUCCACCAGCUAGCACUUGCUCAGAUCUUGGCGUCCCAGUCGGAGCUCCACUACCAAGUGAGGAAAGCCCUGCUCCAUCACCUGGAGGAUUUGCAACUAGUCCUACAUCUGACAACAAAGAUAAUAUUAAUGCAGCUUCAAUCAUUGUAUUCAACAAGAUGCAAUUCCUUAUUGGCAUGGUCAUUAUGUUUUUUCACAAUCUUUUUUUGAUACAAUAAUAAUUAUUGGUAGAAAAAAUAUUACCACUUGAAUCAGUAGAGAAAAGUACCCAUUAGUAAUAUUUAACUAUUUAUUCUGUAUCUUUUCCACAUUCAAAUCAUUAUGGAUAUAGAGGAAUUCAACUCACUCUUGAGUGUCUAAAACUUUUUUAUUUUUUGGAGAGAAAUAUAGUGGAAUUCGAAA